AUGUCUCUCACGCCAACACGAACAAUAACCUUAACAAAGGCUAAGAGGAAAAGCCUACUGAAGAGAGGAAGACACGAUGUUUUGGACUUUGUUACACAGUUAAAACGUAAAUCAAAGCAAUCUCGUCUCAAACAACAACAACAAACUCAACAACAUGAUCAUCCUCCUUCUUAUCAUUCAAGUGGUUGUCAACACACUACUCAACAAACACCGAUUAAUUAUUCUGCAAACAAUAAUGAUCAAGUACCAAAUCAGGCCGAAUCUAUCCACAACAGCAGUAGUAGUAGUAGUAGUAGUAAUAUUGGUUCCUCAAGUGGAUUGGGCAAUAGUAGUAAUAAUAGUGGUGCUAUUUCUCUUCAUAAUUCUACUGGUGGAAUGGGUAAUAUUAUUACUAAUAAUGGUAUUGUAAGCAAUUACGGGUUGGAACAGCAAAAGAGAUUUUUUGAAGAAAAACUAAUCCAGCAACAGAAUGAAUUCCAAGAAAAACUAGUCCAGCAAGAAAUUGAAUUUCAAAAAGCUCUCAAUGAACAAUGCAAUCAUUUGAAGAGAAAAGUGGAAGAAUUAGAAACUUUGGAAUCGACUGCCAAAAAGAAAUGUACUGAAUUGGAAAAUCGUAUAGCCAUCCAGAAGAAGAAAGUUAAGGAGAGAAUUGCAAAUAUUUGGCCUGAUGAAGAUGAUGCAGAUGAUGAUGAUCCUAAAUCAUUCAUCCUCAGAGGGAUCAGUCACACUCUUACAGAUCAACAAGUAACUGAUUUCAAAGUAUGCAGUCAAUUUGGAGUGGCUAUUGAGCGUCUAAUGGCAAUAGCCAAGAUAACUGCUAUCAAUGAGAGUGACUUUAGUGACUUGGAAAAGGCUUUACUAAUCCUUACCAAUGUGGAAACCCCUAGAACUGCUAAAAAAAGAAAGAAGAGAUUCCAAAACUUGAAAAAUAGAUAUUCUCAUUUGUUCCAAGAAGAAGGUGCAAGGUGUAAUAUUGUCUUGGGUUGUGACAAUGGUGGCAGUAGCAGUAGUAGUGGUAAUGUUGGUACACAAGAAUAA